GGGCCACGCCCCGGCGGGAGGGCCGCUCUGUGCGCGCCCGCUCUAUGAUGCUUGCGCGCGUCCCCCGCGCGCCGCGCUGCGGGCGGGGCGGGUCUCCGGGAUUCCAAGGGCUCGGUUACGGAAGAAGCGCAGCGCCGGCUGGGGAGGGGGCUGGAUGCGCGCGCACCCGGGGGGAGGCCGCUGCUGCCCGGAGCAGGAGGAGGGGGAGAGCGCGGCGGGCGGCAGCGGCGCUCUCGGCGACUCCGCCAUAGAGCAGGGGGGCCAGGGCAGCGGCGGCGGUAGCGGCGUCGGCAGCGGUGGCGGCGGCGCCCCCCGGCGGGAGCCGGUCCCUUUCCCGUCGGGGAGCGCGGGGCCGGGGCCCAGGGGACCCCGGGCCACGGAGAGCGGGAAGAGGAUGGACUGCCCGGCCCUACCCCCCGGAUGGAAGAAGGAGGAAGUGAUCCGAAAAUCUGGGCUCAGUGCCGGCAAGAGCGAUGUCUACUACUUCAGUCCAAGUGGUAAGAAGUUCAGAAGCAAACCUCAGUUGGCAAGGUACCUGGGAAAUACUGUUGACCUCAGCAGUUUUGACUUCAGAACUGGAAAGAUGAUGCCUAGUAAAUUACAGAAGAACAAGCAGAGAUUUCGGAAUGAUCCUCUCAAUCAAAAUAAGGGUAAACCAGAUUUGAAUACAACGUUGCCGAUUAGACAAACAGCAUCAAUUUUCAAACAACCAGUAACCAAAGUUACAAACCAUCCUAGUAAUAAAGUGAAAUCAGACCCACAACGAAUGAAUGAACAACCACGUCAGCUUUUCUGGGAGAAGAGGCUACAAGGACUUAGUGCAUCAGAUGUAACAGAACAAAUUAUAAAAACCAUGGAACUACCUAAAGGUCUUCAAGGAGUUGGUCCAGGUAGCAACGACGAGACCCUUUUAUCUGCUGUUGCCAGUGCUUUGCACACAAGCUCUGCACCAAUCACAGGACAAGUCUCCGCUGCUGUGGAAAAGAACCCUGCUGUGUGGCUUAACACAUCUCAACCCCUCUGCAAAGCUUUCAUUGUCACAGAUGAAGACAUUAGGAAACAGGAAGAGCGAGUACAGCAAGUACGUAAGAAAUUGGAAGAAGCACUGAUGGCAGACAUCCUGUCCCGGGCUGCUGAUACAGAAGAGAUGGAUAUUGAAAUGGACAGUGGCGAGGAAGCCUAAGAUUAUGAUAGGUCACUUUGGACUGACUUUCCCCAAGAGCAAAUUACUAGAAAUUGAAUAAAAACAUUUCCACUGGGUUUUGCCUGUAAGAAAAAAAUGUACCCGAGCCCAUAGAGCUUUUUAAUAAUAGCACUAACCAAUGCCUUUUUAGAUGUAUUUUUGAUGUAUAUAUCUAUUAUUAAAAAAUGAUGUUUAUUUUGAGUCCUAGGACCUAAAAUUAGUGUUUUGUAAUAUCAAGAAGGACCUUAAGAUGAAGCUGAGCUUUUCAUGCAAGGUGCAAUCUACUGGAAAUGUAGCACUUACAUGAAAUAUUUGUUUCCCCCACAGUUUUAAUAUAAACAAACCAAGAGUACCAAAUAAAUUUCCCAAUGAAAGAUUAUUGUGACUUCACUGUAUAUAAACAGAUUUUUAUACUUUAUUGAAAGGGGACACCUGUACAUUCUUCCAUCAUCACUGUAAAGAAAAAUAAAUGAUUAUAUUCACAGA